GUAUCCCAUCAUCCCGGGACUCGUCUGUCUGAAAGCCAGUUCCAUCAUCCUGGCUCUCCCAUUGCGCGGGAGAGCGCUUUUGCGGUUCUUUUUGGAGUCUUCAGUCCCGUCCUCAGUUCUGUGGGGCGUCCAGUCCUGCAAAUUUCAACGUCAGUGGGUUCUUAUAUGUGAACACUGCAGCAAAUUAAUGGAUAGACCUGGUGCAAAGUAUAAUCAUCGCCACCACUGACAAGUCCUGCUUUGGUGAUAUUCACAGCAUUAUGGCAAAUAGGCCUGAAUGCCAUGCCAAUUCUUCCCAGGAAUUCAUCCAGACAACAACCAUUUCUAAUGAUUUGGAGUUAUUUUUGCAUCCACAAAGCUCCAUGCGUUAUUACCCUCCACCAUCAAUUGUCUCCAGCAAGGACGCUCAUGUUGCGUGGAGCACACCUUAUUCUUGUAUCUACAGCCCCCAAUCCUACAUAGUCAGUAGCAAUGUAAGAUCAGAUUGGCGCGGAAUCAGUGCGGCAGACAAUCCAGAGCACCCUAGGCUUAAUCCAGAUACAACUCUCAGCUACAUAGAGCAGAUGUUGAUGCAGGAUACUGAUGACAAGGUCAGAUCACAUCAUGGAGAGACAGCCAUUAGAACUAUGGAGGAACCAUUCUAUAAGCUUCUUGGACAAAAAUAUCCAGUUCUGCCUGAGCUGUCACCACUUUGUCGCUGCGGUCGCCUGAAGAACCUCAAUGGUAACAUCAGCAAGCUUACUGGACAAUCAUGCAGUACCUGCUCUGUGAAUAUCAGUUCAAGUAAUGAUCACUCCAAUGAAAACACACAAGAUUUUCAGGCUCCAUGGACUUUAUCUUCCAUUGUUGGAGAGGCAUUCACCCAGGGUACAGAAAGAAUGGAGAUUGGUUUGAACAUUAAUGGCCUUGCCAUUACUAAAAAGCCUAGCCGAGAUAAUCAUCCACUUCAGAUUAGUGCUCAAGAUACAAUGAGACAUGCAUCGUUUGAGGUCCGAGGUCGAAAAGGUUAUCCAGGUAUAGAUGGUUUUGAUUUGCUAGAAGAAAGGAGUAACAAGAAGUUCGCCAUUUUCUCUGAUGAGCUAAUCCGGAAUGAGUUGUUCGACAAGGUUCUACUUUGCUCUGAAAAUAAGCUUGUAGGUGAAGGUAUUGUUUUGCAAGGAACCAUGCCAUACAAGUGUGCACAGAAGGAUCAAGGAAGAAAAUCAGCUCUGCAGAAGACGAGAGGUAGAACACAACAAAAGAAAGAGGUGGUGGAUCUCGGAACCCUCCUUAUCAAUUGUGCAGAAGCAGUAUCCUUGAACAACGGCAGCGUAGCAAGUGAAAUACUAAAAAAGAUAAGACGACACUCUUCACCAUGUGGAGAUGAUUCCCAGAGGCUAGCAUUCUAUCUAGCAGAUUGCCUGGAGAUACGAUUAGCUGGAAAUGUGAGUCAAAUAAGCCAGAAGACCAUCACUGCACCAAUAGAUGUAGCACAUAUAUUAAAGCUACUCCAUUUGUGUUACACAGUAUGCCCUUACUUGAGGGCAUCAUAUUAUUUAUCUAACAAGACUAUCCUUGAUGUCUCAAAGGGGAAACCACGAGUGCACAUUAUUGAUUUUGGCAUCUGCUUUGGUUUUCAGUGGCCAUCACUAUUUGAACAAUUUGCAAAUAGAGAAGGUGGGCCGCCUAAGCUUCGGAUUACAGGUGUAGAGAUACCCCAGCCAGGUUUCCGGCCAGAUGAAAUGAAUAAGAACACAUGGCUACGAUUAGUUGAAUAUGCCAACAUGUUCAAGGUACCUCUUGAAUAUCGACUGAUCUCAUCAAAAUGGGAAGCAAUCUCCAUAGAAGAUUUUUACAUUCAGAAAGAUGAAGUACUCGUAGUCAAUUGUAUAAACCGAAUGAAGACUCUUGGUGAUGAGACGAUAUCCAUCGAUAGCGCCAGGAAUAGGGUGCUCAAUACCAUAAGGAUGAUGAAGCCAACAGUUUUCAUACAUGGAGUUGUGAAUGGAUCUUACAGUACCCCGUUCUUUUUACCACGUUUUAAAGAGGCCAUGUACCACUAUACUGCACUGUUUGACAUCCUUGAUAGAACUACGCCACGAGACAAUAAGACAAGAAUGAUGUUAGAGGGGCAUCUAUAUAAAUUUGCAAUUCUUAAUGUCAUUGCAUGUGAAGGAUCAGAAAGGACUGAGAGGCCAGAGAGUUACAAGAAAUGGAAGGUUAGAAGCCUCAGGGCCAGACUUGAGCAGCUUCCGUUGAAUCCAGCCAUUGUGAAACAAACACAGUGUAUGGUGAGACAAAUUUAUCACAAAGAUUAUUUUGUUGAUGAAGAAGAUCAAUGGCUCGUGUUGGGAUGGAAGGGAAGGAUACUCUAUGCAAUAUCCACAUGGAAGCCAAAUGAGUCAGAUGAUGGGUGAUUAAGACUCGAGAUAUUUACUGCUGCACAACAAGUGCAAAACUCUGCUGCUUAUGAGGUUCUGAGGUUCUGUUUCAAGUUUCAGAUGCCUUUGAUUUGGUUGAGCUAAAAGUGCAUUGUCAAAUUAAUUACUUGUCAUCGC